UGCUGCUCUUCAGCAGAGUAAGGCUUUGGCUAUGACCACACCACCCUUGCCUCUCAGCAGUCAGGACAGCCUUCUAGAAAACAGUCCUGGCACAAUCUCUCUUCUGCACACGUUCUCCAUUCAAGUAUAUCAUCAUGGGAAGUGUCAGUAGCCUCAUCUCUGGGCACAGCUUCCACAGUAAGCAUUGUCGGGCAUCUCAGUACAAGCUGCGUAAGUCAUCCCAGCUGAAGAAAUUGAACAGGUACUCCGAUGGUCUGCUGAAGUUUGGCUUCUCUCAAGAAGCUGGCCACAACAAGUCCAGCUCCAAGGGCAAUAAGAACGAGGACUUCUUUUACAUCAAAGUGAACCAGAAGGCACACCGAACAGACUAUGCCCCACUCUCUGGUGGUGAGCUGGAAGGUCAGGCUGGGACAAGCAGCGUGGACUAUGGUACCCCAACACCCCCCAAAUUGAAACCAGGCUCCAACCAGCUGGAACUAGCUGCAGAGAAGAGUGCAGCAAGGCCCACUGCCUUCAAACCAGUGCUCCCUCGCUCAAACACAGUCCUCCAUUCUUCUCCUGAUCACGGCAAUGCUGCCCAGCAGCUCCCAUCCCAAGACAAAGCCAAGGACCUGGAGAGUAAACCCACUCUUUGUUCUGGAGGACUCUCAGACUCAGGGAGAAACUCUAUGUCCAGCUUGCCCACACACAGUACAGCCAGCAGCUACCAGCUGGACCCCCUUAUCACUCCUGUUGGCCCCAUCAGCCGAUUUGGAGGCUCUGCUCACAAUAUCACUCAGUGUGCCAUCCUGCAGGACAGUAACAUGAUGAGCCUGAAAGCUCUGUCUUUCUCUGAUGGGGGCACAAAGAUCCUCAACCCAGGCAAAUCUUCAACUCAUCCCCAUAUGACUGAGAAUAGUGCCUGUGUUCGCUCGCCCAUCUCCACCGAGGAGUCAGCCAUUCAGGAGCUGGAGCAGAAGCUGAUGGAGCGGGAAGGCGAGCUCCAGGAGUUGCAGUGCAGCUUUGAAGAGAAAGAGAUCACCUCCUGCCAAAGCUAUGAAGAAAAGCAAAGGCGUUGCCGGGAGGAGAUGGAAGGGUUGAAGCAGAAAUGCAACAGCAAACUGAAGCAGACAUCACAGAAGAACCAGCGGGCACAACAACUGUUGCAAUUGCAGGUGUUCCAGCUGCAGCAGGAGAAGAAGCAGCUCAGGGAGGAGCUGUCAACCCUGAUGAAGGAACAGGACAUUCUGGAGAACAAGCUGAGGACCUAUGAGAAAGAGAAGACCACCUUUGCUCCUGCACUAGAGGAAACACAGUGGGAGGUUUGUCAGAAAUCUGGUGAAAUAUCUCUCCUGAAACAGCAACUGAAAGAAUCCCAGACAGAGCUCAACAGCAAGACCAACGAGGUCCUCAAUCUGAAGGCUCAGCUGAAGGACAUCCGGGCCAAGAUGGAACUGCUGGAGAUGAAAAUUCAGGAUUUGGAGGAUUCAUUGCAUGCCAAAGCCAUGGAACUGGAGGUAUGUGAGAAUGAACUCCAGCGCAAGAAGAAUGAGUCAGAGCUACUAAGGGAGAAAGUGAACUUGCUGGAACAGGAGAUUGCAGAGUUGAGAACUGAACUGACCAUCCUCAGGGAGGAGAUGAAGUGUGGUGUGGUUUCCAUGGGCCUUGAAGAAAGUAUGGUGGAAGAUGCCCAAGCCCUGUGGAGGGAAGUAGAGAAGCUAAAAAAAGAGCUGCAGGAGGAGCAGGACAGCAACAAGCAGAUGACAGUAAACUUUCAGCAGGAACGGCAAACCUGGAAGGAGGAGAAAGAGAAAGUGAUCCAGUACCAGAAGCAGCUGCAGCAAAGCUACCUUCACAUGUACAAAAGAAACCAAAACCUGGAGAAGAUGCUCCAGCAGCUGGCUGCUGGAGAGGAUGGUAAAGAGCCCUUAGAUCUUGACCUCCAUGGAACUGAUGUCCCUUAUGAGGACAUUAUUGCCACUGAAAUCUGAAGGGUGCUGUGUUUUCCUGCUCACUGCAAAAAGAUCUCACUUUCAACCUGGGGUUGUGUAUAGUUUAACUGAGCUCUUUUGACUGAGGUCCUUGUUUGGCCAAAACAAGUCACCAGCCAUUGUCCAUGCAUUUUUCCCCAACUUCUUAAGUCACAUGCAUCUUACUGCUGCUGUAGUGCAUCCCAUUGAGAAAGGGAAAGGGAAGAAUUCCCAACUGUCUUUUUCUGUCAUGGCAUGAUCCAGCACAGGAGCAGUUUCGGUAGAAAAUAUACAAGAACCUCUGUGCCAGAUAAAAUAGGUGAUUCCCUUCUUAUUCUUAGCCUGGCUCAGAUAUGUUUUGCCAAGGGCUUCUAGAAAGGGAAAAGCUUGGCCCAAUGUUAUUUCCUGCAGCCAUAAGUAAUGUGAGAUAAGAACUGCUUACACUCUAACAACCUCUUAAUUGCCCCGUGAGAGGACUUUGGGGAAAAGCACACCCAUCAAACUUUUAGUUCAGGAAGAGUUACUUGCACAUCCAUCAAGAGUUUGUCAUCAUGGUCCUCAAGGAUAACCUGUCAUUUCAUCUUUGCAGAACAUGAUGUGUUCUUCUGGAAUAUUUAGGCAGCAGAUGGAACAGAAAGUAACAUUGUUCCAUUAUUUGUCCGUGAAGGAGCUGUCUCCUUCAGAAAUGAUGGGCUAAUAUUCUAAAGUUCUGGAAGCCAUAAUUUGUCAGUCAGCCACUGGAUCUUCCUUAUCCUUUGCCCUUCAUUUAGCACUUGCCUCCUUUCUGAGCAAGCUGAAGUUGGGAGAGGUAUAUUUUUAUUUAUUGUGUGCGUGCACGUGUUCAUAAUUGGGAUGGGAAUUGGAUUUUGAAAUGACCUUGUGUUUUGGAACAGGAAUGUUUAGAGUUGUUUAUCUAAAAUGUGAAUAUUUGUAUGUAUGUAUUAUUAUUUUGCAAAUACCUGGCAUUUAUUUUUCCACAUUUCCUAUUUUGACAUGGAGAAAAGACAUAUUGGGUCUUCUGAGCCUGCUUUCCCUUUUCUGAAAUGUUCCAGGGUCUCUGAAAUACAAGUGUAAUAAAUACAGAGAACUGAAUUGGACAGGCUUCACAAAAUAGACAUUCUGUAAUAUAAGGAGAUGAUUAAAUAUCCCUUUGGGGUAAAGGAGAAUUUAAAGCAUCAUGGGUGGGGUUUCUACAGUCAUCUCAUAAGGGGAAUCCUAUGACUAGGAGAACCUCCAAGCAGAGCUGUUAUAAGGUGAGAAAGAGCUCCAAUCCAGUGGCUGUGAAAGAGCCCGCGGGUACCAGGAUGAUGCAGAACAUCACAUCCUGGCUAGGCAAACUGCAUCAAAGAGAGGGUAAUGCGAUAAAGACAGCAAUGAUAUGUCUGAGCCAAGUGGUUGGCAUGAUGGUGGCCAAUCCCAACAUUCAGGGAAGAAGACAAAACACUGAACUGCAGCCACCUAUCAUUUUAUUUUUUAAAAAUGCCUCUAGGAACUACACUGUGCCCAAAGGCACCAUUGGAAAUAUAAAUUAUACCUGAAAGUGAUGCUAGCUUCCAUUCCAUGUUGUAAAAAUUAAAAUCUUUAAAGAAGUAAAGGAAAUCAUGCAAAGAGCUUGGAGGGUGCCAAGGAAUCUAUUGACAGGCACACUGUGCCCACAGUGACAUACUGGGAACCCAGGCAGUAAAAGAUAAUGUUAUUUACUUAAAAUACAUAUCCACACUCCCCCCUGCAAAAAAUCAAAACCAGUUCAAAGCACCCAACAACAAUAAAACCGUUAAUGAACAAUUUACAAACAUCAAUUCCUCCUAUAUUCAGGGACUGAGCAAACAGUAGGGAAAUGAUUUUUUAAAAAGAAAAUGUUAGUAAAGAACUGUAACUACAGUAAUAAAACAAUAAUAUAUUAAUAGACUGCCUUACUAAAAAGAAAGGCUUUUUUCUUACUUCCAGAAGCUUUAAAGAAGGGACAAGAAACAAGGUCCUGUUCCCCACCCCAAGAUUGCCAUCAUACAUGGUAAAGCAUAAUAAACAAGUAUUCAUUUGAUAUUGUGUUCAGUAUUUUUUGGACACUUACACUCACUCCUCCUGCCCCCCCCCCCAACCAAAUAGCCAGGAAGAGAACCUUGAAAAACAGCUUUUUGAGGCACCUGAUCUCUGUUAAGGUAGCUUUGACCUUCUCUUUCCCACCAAGGAGAAACGCUCCCUGUAGAGUUAAAGAAGGCCUUCACAAUAUUUGGUCUGAAAGAGGCUGAAAGUAUGGCCACCAUCAUGUGCCUCGCGAACAACAGCUUAAGAAAGCAGAACAGCAAAUAGCUCGACCCAAAGUAGCUACUAAAGGGCAGCCAAACAAUUUUGGCACCUGAGAUAGAAAACCUUGUAAGUAUUUGUAGUAAUAAUAAUAACAACAACCCCAAGUUGUAAUAGCUUUAGAUGCCUACUGUGGCAUCAGAAAUGGACCACCACACUACCAUGGCGCACCGUUCCACAGCAACAUUCCUUGUGACCUUCAGAGAAACCUGCAGUGAAACAUCAUCUACCAUAAAAUGCCAUA